GCAGGGGUGUGGGGGGGGUGCCUGAUGGCUUUAUCUCUGCCUCUGUGACCAGUGGUCAGUGGUUUCCUGCCAACAGCUCCUGUUUCCGGAGGCCCAGCAGGGCCCAGGCGGAGCCAGGAGGGGCAGUGGGGCUGGGCCUGGGUGGCCCCACCGGCCCCGCCCCCGUCUAUCUUUGGGAAUUUAUUUGUCCACGGCCACGGCUUGUCCGCAGUCCACUGCUUGCUGGGGACCGAGAGCCGCUCUGACCACCCGAGGAUUCUCCCUCCCAACCCAAACGCCGCCCACUGACCUCUGACUCCUGACCUCUGGCCCCAGAGCCCUGGCCCCACUGGUCCUGCCCCGUGCUUCCUAGGGGUCUGGGGAGCCCCCAGAAGCUGUAGGCGUGGCCGGGAGUGAGCCCGCCUGGCCCACCAUGGCACGGCGGCUCCAGGACGAGCUGGCCGCCUUCUUCUUCGAGUAUGACACCCCCCGCAUGGUGCUCGUGCGCAACAAAAAGGUGGGCGUCGUCUUCCGCCUCAUCCAGCUCCUGGUCCUGGCCUACGUCGUGGGGUGGGUGUUUGUCUACGAGAAAGGCUACCAGACUUCGAGCGGCCUCAUCAGCAGCGUGUCUGUGAAGCUCAAGGGCCUGGCUGUGACCCAGCUUGGGGACGUCGGAGCCCAGGUCUGGGACGUGGCCGACUACGUCUUCCCGGCCCAGGGGGACAGCUCCUUCGUGGUCAUGACCAAUUUCAUCGUCACGCUCCGGCAGACUCAGCGGCACUGUGCAGAGCACCCAGAAGGGGGCACGUGCAGGGAUGACAGCGGCUGCACCCCCGGCAAGGCAGAGAGGAAGGCCCAAGGCAUCCGCUCAGGCAAGUGUGUGGCCUUCAACGACAGCGUGCGGACGUGUGAGAUCUUCGGCUGGUGCCCCGUGGAGGUGGACGACCAUGUCCCCAGCCCUGCCCUUCUCCGAGAGGCUGAGAACUUCACUCUCUUCAUCAAGAACAGCAUCAGCUUUCCACGCUUCAAGGUCAACAGGCGCAACCUAGUGGAGGAGGUGAAUGCCAGCUACAUGAGGACCUGCCUGUACCACAAGACUGCGCACCCUCUGUGCCCUGUCUUCCAGCUCGGUUACGUGGUGCAGGAGUCAGGCCAGAACUUCAGCAGCCUGGCUGAGAAGGGUGGAGCAGUUGGCAUCACCAUCGACUGGAACUGUGACCUGGACUGGCAUGUGCGGCACUGCAAACCUAUCUACGCCUUCCAUGGGUUGUAUGCGGAGAAAAAUCUGUCCCCUGGCUUCAACUUCAGGUUUGCCAGGCACUUCGUGGAGAACGGGACCAACUACCGUCACCUCUUCAAGGUGUUCGGGAUUCGCUUUGACAUCCUGGUGAAUGGCAAGGCCGGGAAGUUUGACAUCAUCCCCACCAUGACCACCAUCGGCUCUGGGAUUGGCAUCUUCGGGGUGGCCACGGUCCUCUGUGACCUGCUGCUGCUCCACAUCCUGCCCAAAAGGCACUACUACAAGCAGAAGAAGUUCAAGUACGCAGAGGACAUGGGCCCAGGGGCGGGUGAGCGGGACCCCGCGGCCACCAGCUCCACCCUGGUCUUGCAGGAGAACAUGAAGACGUCCUGACCCUCCAGAGAGACGCAGCGCGAGGCUUCAGGCUGGAGCCCUGGUGGGUCCCAGGGAGCCUCCUGCCUUCUGAGCCCACAGGGGCGCUGGUUUCCCAGCAGCUCAGGGUGGACCCUAGGAGUCACCCGUGCGGUGUGGGGUGUCUCCAACUCCACACCCCCAAAGGGAGCUCUGUGCCAUUUUAGCCACUCCUUGGCCGAGAUGGCUGGGGCUGGGCAGGGCCCCUCUCACUCACCCGUACCCCAAGCUUUUGUGUUCCCCUCUUGGAGCCUUCAUUGUCCACCCCACUGCCUCAGUUUCUCUGGAUCUGUGACCUCACAUGGAAGCCGCAAGCCACAGUUGACUUGUUUAAAUUAGAAUAGAAUAAAGUCAGAAUUCACUUGCUCAAUCAGACUGGACACGGUAGACACACGUGGCUAGCAGCCGCCAGACCGGACCACACAGACAGCUCCAGUGGACAGCUCUGCUGGAGCCCAUUCCUAUCGUCCUUCGAGUCCCCAUGGAAGCUUAUCAACAACACCUCCUGAUCUGGAAGCUCCAGGGCCAGCCACAUGAACUGCCUGCUAACAGACUCCCCGGGCCAUUCGGGGCUGAAGCGCUCUCCUAGGACUUUCUGCCUCCCAGCUCCUGGGCGGGUGUCACAAUCAGCCCUGGGCAGGUGAGGGCUUUCAGCAGGGUCCCGUACGCCCUCAGCACGUGUGUGGCGUGCUCACGUGUCACACGGGGUCUCAUGCACACUCUCCCACGUGCACACGGCUCUCCAUCCACUCGGUGGAUCUGCACAGCAUCGAUCCUGCCAGCAACAAGCACCUCCCAGCACAGACUCACGGACGCUGCUGUGGCAGCUCUAUGGGGAAUGCGUUCUCCCAGUGUGCCAGGCCAGGACGGCUCAUGGAGCCACGAAUCCUUCCUCAGCCACCUCGGGUUGGGGUGGGAGCCUCCACUGAACUCUGGGCUCCCUGCCUGUGGCUCAGCCCCAGCUCUCAAGGCCUGCCUGGCUCCGUUAGAACACAAGGGCUGCGGACAGCGAGGGGCGGAGUACAAUAAAGGGACAAACUUC